UCACAAUAACAAUUUAAAGAUUCGGUAGAUAUAUGAUUUCUCACAAAAAAACGCAAUAAAAAUAUUAUUUAAUAGAAUUAAAGUCAAGUAGUCGAAGUCUUUUUAGUGCAUGCAUUGAAUAAUGAGUUAUCCUUAUCUGUUGCAGUUGCAUUUGAGAUAUCAAACGGACUGCGGCGUAUUUUCGUUAAAUUUGUUUUAUCGUGUUUAAAAAAAGAUUGUUGAAGCUUUUUGUUUCAUUUUGUGAGAAAAUGAAGUGGGUUAUUCUAUGGAUUUUAUUUCUUAAUAUGUGUACUGGAUACAGAGUACUACUCGUAUUUCCGUUUCCGUUCAAAAGCCACAGUAUAUUUGGUGAAGGAUUCGUACGGCAUUUGAUUAAUGCCGGUCAUGAGGUGACGUACGUUACGCCGUUCCCUUUAAACGAUACAAACCCAAAGCUGCAUCAGAUAGAAUUAACCAGUGACAACAGUUUUAAACCGUCUUUAAAUCUUAAAGACAUUUUUGAGAGGAAUAUGAGACAUGAAGGAUGGAAAAUAUUUCUCAUGAUGAAAAGCGUGGCAGAGAAAACUGCUUUGAAUGUAAAAGUGCAGGAACUUUUAAAUGACACGGGUCGGAAAUUUGAUGUAGCCGUAGUUGAGUGGAUGGAUCACGAGAUUUAUAGUGGGUUCUCAGCAGUCUUCGAAUGUCCAUUGAUAUGGUUCUUCCCUUACGAUCAAUACAUUGAGAUAUUUCGUUUGAUUCACACUCCGUCAAAUCCCGCCUACACACCUAAUACGAAGACUAUCAAUCUCCCGCCAUUUACAUUUAAACAGCGUGUUCAAGAACUUUGGUACACGAUGGUGACCUUGUUUACGAGACAUUUCUUCAUUCACUCUUUGGAAGAGGAAACUUAUAGAAUUUUUUUCGAGCCAGCCAUGAAAAAGAGAGGGAAAGAGUUACCAGCUUAUAGCGAUGUGAAAUAUAACGCGUCUCUCGCAUUUAGUGGUUCACAUAUAAGUUUGAGGGAUCUUCCAGAAGUCCCGAGUGCUCUGAAAAUGAUUGGUGGAUUUCAUGUAAAGACUCAAAUAGAACCAUUGCCAGAGGAUUUGCAAAAGAUAAUGGACCGAAGCAAGCAAGGUGUAAUAUUAUUUAGCAUGGGAACACAACUAACAUUUGGUGGAUUGUCGAACCUAGUAACAGAACUUGUUAAUACGUUUAGUAAGCUAAAUUACACAGUACUGUGGAAGACAAAUGAAAAGAGCCUUGAAUUACCAAGUAAUGUUAUUGCUAUGUCAUGGGUUCCUCAAGUUAGUGUUUUAGCCCAUCCAAAUUGUAUUCUGUUUAUUACACAUGGAGGUUUAUUAUCAGUCACAGAAGCUGUUCACUUCGGCGUACCUAUUAUUGGUCUCCCAGCAUUUGCAGAUCAGUUCAUGAAUGUCAGAAAUGCUGUAAACAAUGGUUUUGCUAAAGAAGUGAAGUUAUCUGUUAAUAUGGGAAAUGAGUUACUUUUAGCAAUCAAUGAUGUUACAAAUGAUCCAAGAUAUGUUUCGCGCGCUAAAGAAAUUUCCCGCAUCUACCACUCCCGCGUAGCGCCCCCUGGUGUAGAGUUAGUUCAUUGGAUAGAGGAAGUGGUGACGUCACAGGGCGCGCCCCAUUUACGUUCUCCCGCGCUCACUAUGCCCCUUUACCAGAAAUACUAUCUCGACUUGGCCGCUACUAUUCUAAUCGUACCAGUCAUAAUGUAUCUUACGCGAAGUUUGAAUUAUUCGCUUAGCAAAUCAGACCUUAAAAAUAAGAAAAAUGAUUAGAGUUCCUUAUGUGUGUAAGAGUAUUCGUUAAAGUGUGUUAAACAGCAUUUUACUUUUGGUCGCGCUGGUUUUAUGAGUUUAGUGAUGUAUUAUUAAUAACCCAAAAUUAUUGCUGUCCAGCCAACGGAUGUUUCAAUUAAAGGAUUAAUAAAAUGUGAUAUUUAAAUCAGA